ACUCCCAUCAGCAAAGCAUUUCUUGUACUGUACUUGCUAAAGUAUUGAAUCUCAGGAAACACAGCAGAGACAACACAGAAAACAGAGAAAAGUCAGUACUUUAUGUAGUACUCAAGCAUGGCUUUAGCUACGAUAACUAAAACGAAUUGGAUUGGAAGAAUUGUUCGCUCGUCGAAAAUACAUUUUACAAUCGUUUAGUUAUACUUCUUUAGGUUUUGAGUUCAGGUCCAGCCGCAAUAGACUUCUUAGCGUUUCAUCUCUCCAGGCUAUAUAAGAUAAAAUUAACUACUGGGCUCAAUUUAUUUGAUUAACUACUUGUGUUUUGGGCUGUGAUGAACUAUGUGUUGUGGUGGAGAGGGGUGAGGCAAACAGAGGUGAAGCCAGAUCGGAAGUCGGUGACACGCGGUCGAAGGCUAGGACGUGGGGCCAGUGAGAAAACAGCGACGUUACGAGAAAGACGUGUUCUGAUUAGGAGCGAUCGUGUAACCCGCUGCGGUCGGCAAGACCAUGUGCCUAUAGUAGAAAGGAUCAUCAUCAACAACAACAAGCUAGUAGAUGCUAAUUUAAUUAGCAGGAAUUUUAUCCUGAGAUUUAAUGACAACAAAUCUUUCUUAAGAUUCCUGCAGAACACAGAACUGCACUUUUCUGCAAGUCAACAACAAUUCGAAUGCAGUAGCAGUUGAGACAUAUCAGCUAUGCAGAUGAUGGAAUAAUGUCAUUAAAUGAAGCAAUUUUAUCCAAUAAAUUGGUGAUUUUAAAACCAAAAUAGUUUUAUCCAAAUGACAUCAAAUAAUAGCAAAGUUUUUGAUACACUAUGACACUAUGCGUAUACACAUUUCAUGCGUAUAACAUUCACCUCUUGAAAUUCAAAAUUCUGUCUCUCGCUGGUAUACUGUCAUGAUGGAGACAAAUACAUUGAGUGUGGCUGCUAAUAUUUCUCAAGAUAAACAGGAUGAAAAUAAAGUAAUAAGUCCCAAAACAAAAGAGUUAACAGACAGCAAAAAGAUGACAUCUACAAGAAAACACAAAAUAAAGCGAAUAUGCUGUGAGUUAUGUGAAAAGAAGUUUUGUAAAAAAUCUGAACUACUGAUACAUAUGCGAUCUCAUACAGGAGAGAAGCCAUUUCAAUGUGAGAUAUGUGAUAAACGAUAUUCAAGGAAAUCAGUACUUAGGGUACACAAUAAAACACACUCUGGAGAAAAACCUUUUCCUUGUGAAAUAUGUAAGAAAUGUUUUCCAACUUGUUCACAUUUGAAAAGACACAUGAUGACACAUACAGGUGAAAAACCUUUCUCUUGUAAGUUAUGUGACAAGCAAUUUUCCAGUAGUUUUGUACUGAAAAGACACAUUAGGACACACACUGGGGAAAAACCUUUUCUUUGUUUAAUAUGUGGGAAAUGCUUUUCUGAGAAAUUUGAAAUGAAGAUCCACACAAGAACACAUACAGGAGAGAAACCUUUUCCUUGUCAGAUGUGUGGUAAAAGUUUUACAACAAACUAUAAGUUAAACUUGCAUAUAAAAGUGCACACUGGGGAAAAAUCAUUUCAGUGCAAGCUUUGCGGAAAAGGACUGUCCACAAAAUCAGAACUAAGGUUACACAUACAAAUUCAUAGUGGUAAGAAGUCAUAUAACUGUGAGGUGUGCAAUAAAAGUUUUUACACAGUAUAUAAAUUAGAUGUACAUAGGAAAAUACAUACUGGUGAGAAAGAAUUUCACUGUGAAAUAUGUGGAAGAGGUUUCUCAACAAAUUACAAUCUCAAUCUUCAUACACGAACACACACUGGAGAAAAACCUUAUCACUGUCUUACUUGCGACAAAAACUUUUCUUCUAAAUCUGUACUAAGGUUACAUACAAGAAAACACACUGGAGAAAAACUAUCUUAUUGUGAUAUAUGUAAUAAAGGAUUCUCUGCUAGCCAAAACCUCAAAUUACAUAAACGAACUCACACUGGAGAAAAACCAUUUUCUUGUGAGAUUUGUGGGAAAAGCUUCUCUAUAAGUUCGCAUUUACAGGUGCAUACAAGAACUCACACAGGAGAGAAACCAUAUCGCUGUGAAAUAUGUGGCAAAAGCUUUUCCACCAGUUGUAAUUUAAACUUACACACUCAAACACAUACGGGGGAGAAACCAUUUCAAUGCAAAAUCUGUUGCAAAAAUUUCACUAGAAGUUCUGUUCUGAAGUUACACAACAGAUUGCACACUGGAGAAAAACCAUACCAAUGUGAUAUAUGCAGCCGAAAGUUUUCUACAAAAUAUAAUUUACUUAUACAUAAAAAAAGACAUGAGAAGAGCAAGAAAGAAAUUCAGUGUCAGAUAUGUAAUAAAAAAUUCCUUACAACUUCUGAUUUAAAAGUUCAUACAAUAGCUCAUCUGGAAGAGAAUUCAUGCCACUGUAUCAUUUGUAGUAAGACUUUUACAACUAGUUAUGAGUUAGAUUUGCAUCAAAACAACCAUAAUAAUGAAAAACCAUUUGCUUGUGAAAUAUGUAGGAAAUCUUUUUUUGUUUUAAGUGAACUUAAAAAACAUACUUAUAUGCAUGCUGGAAUAAAACCCUUUCGCUGUGAAACAUGUGGGAAAACUUUCCUGAAGGCAUCUGAUCUAAAGGUUCAUGUUAGAACACAUACAGGGGAGAAACCAUUUUGUUGUCAAAUAUGUGGGAAAUAUUUUUCUCGAAGCUCUAGUUUGAAUUGUCAUAAAAGAACACACACAGGGGAGAAACCAUUUCACUGUCAAAUAUGUGGAAAAUGUUUUUCUCAAAGUACUGGGUUAAACAGACAUAUAAAAAUACACACAGGUUGAAGUGAAGUGAUGUGCAUAUAAUUAAAAUAGUCACUUAAUUCAGCUAUUCUCAUCAAUUCCCUGCUUCUGGUAUUUUCUUUUUCUUUUUUCAAAAGCUUACCUUUAGCUUCAAAGAUAUUUCUUAUAAAGAUAUAAUGGUUUAGUUUUGAAUAGGACAGAAACAUCUUUCUUUUAGAAAACAAAAAGAAGUUCUAUAAUCAAACCCAACUUAAAACUAAGUACAAAUUGGUGAACAAGAAAGCUGAAGACAAUCAGAAGUCAAACUGACUGAAACAUUAUAUAAAUUGUAAAAUACAGAUAAAUAUAAUUGUGAUUAAACAUUAAGUUUACUUAAUGAAUGUAACAAAUGCUAAAAUUUUAUUUUGAUGCUGUUGGAAUAUUUUUUUUAAGUAAUGUUUUGCUAUAAGAUUUAUAUGUAUUAAAAGUGAUAACCUAGAAAA